AUGGCUGGCCACGAACCUUCUGUUCAAGAUUCCGUAUCAAAAUGGACAACGCGAUUACUGCAUUAUACGCUGGCCCUGGCAUUCCUAACAGUCUCCUCUGUGAGCUCCGACAAGACCGCAGCUGACUACUAUGUACAAUCGCUGCCUGGACAGCCUGAUGGACCGCUGCUGAAAAUGCACGCUGGGCACAUUGAGAUCACACCCGAACACAAUGGACAUCUUUUCUUCUGGCAUUACGAGAACCGACACAUUGCUGAUCGACAGCGGACGGUCAUCUGGCUCAAUGGCGGUCCAGGGUGCAGCUCGAUGGAUGGUGCGAUGAUGGAGCUUGGUCCAUACCGCGUGGAAGAAGGAGGAAAGUUGAUAUAUAACGAAGGCUCGUGGGAUGAGUUCGCGAAUUUAUUGUUUGUGGACAAUCCAGUUGGUACAGGCUUCAGCUACGUCAACACGGACAGCUACCUACAUGAAUUGCAAGAGAUGGCAGACCAAUUCCUGGUGUUUAUGGAAAAGUGGUUCGCCCUCUUUCCAGAGUAUGAGAAUGACGACCUGUACUUUGCCGGGGAGUCGUACGCCGGUCAGCAUAUACCGUAUAUUACACGGACGAUUCUCGAUCGCAACGCCAGAGCAGGCAUUGAAGGGAAGCAGGAAUGGAACAUCAAGGGCCUUCUGAUUGGCAACGGCUGGAUUUCGCCAAAAGAACAAUACUUAUCGUAUCUUCCCUUCGCGUAUCAGGAGGGGCUCAUACAAGGCGGCACAGAGGCAGCCAACAAGGUCGAGGCUUCACAGACAAAAUGUCUCGCUGAAUUGGGAAAGCCAGGUGGUUCUGAAAAGGUGGAUGUCAAUCAGUGUGAGACCGUUCUGUCCAUGAUACUCGACGUGACCAAGAAAGACGGGAAGUGCUACAACAUGUACGACAUCCGGCUACAAGACCACUGGCCGUCGUGUGGCAUGGCAUGGCCACCCGACUUGACGGAAGUGACACCUUAUCUUCGGCGGCAAGAUGUCAUUGAUGCUUUGCACAUCAACCCAGACAAGCGGACAGGAUGGACGGAAUGCUCGGGCGCUGUUUCUUCUGCUUUCCGAGCCAGUCAUUCGAAACCUAGUGUUGAUUUCCUUCCAGGUAUAUUGGAGGCCGGUGUUCCUAUCUUGCUUUUCAGCGGCGCGAAAGACAUGAUCUGCAACCACCUCGGCACAGAGGACAUGAUUGGCAAUUUGCAAUGGUCUGGAGGUACUGGAUUCGAGCUGAGCCCCGGGGUUUGGGCGCCCAAGCGUGACUGGACCUUUGAGGAAGAGCCGGCAGGCUUUUAUCAGGAAGCACGAAAUCUGACGUAUGUGCUCUUCUACAACGCCAGCCAUAUGGUGCCAUUUGACUGGCCAAGGCGUAGUCGGGACAUGCUCGAUCGGUUCAUGGGAGUGGACAUCGCCAGCAUUGGAGGCACACCAGCCGACAGUCGACUUGACGGGGAGAAAGCAGGGAGCGAAACAAGUGUGGGUGGUCAUCCCAACAGCACCGCUGCGAUCGAAGACGAAAAGAGCAGACUCAAGGAAGCGGAACUUAAGGCGUAUUAUCGCAGUGGAGAGGCUGCCCUUGUGAUUGUACUGAUUGCUGCGAUCUUGUUUGGCUGGUGGGUGUGGCAUUCGAGAAGGGUGCAAUCACGAGGAUAUCUAAGUGUGCCGCUCAUGAACGGUUCUUCUGUGAAAAGAAGAGACGUGGAAGCAGGAGAUUUCGAUGAAAAUGAGCUGGACAAUCUCCGCUCGAGUCGUCUACAGGCGAAUCUAGACACGGAGCCAUACGAUCUCGCAUCUGACAGCGACGACGACAUCACAGCUCAACAAAGGGACAGCGCAAAAGAAACGCGCCACGGGUAA